AGCUGCUCGUCGCCGGAAAUCUGCCCGUGUCGCGCCCUGCUCUUUUUCCGGAAAGAAUGUCUGUGGUGCAUCAGCUGUCACCAGGAUGGUUACUGGAUCAUCUUUCUUUCAUUAACAAGAUAAACUAUCGAGUUCACCAGCAUCAUGAGCCUUGUUGCAGUACAAAUGAGCCCACUACGUCUGUCCACCUUGAUUCCCUUCAUGUGGAUUCUAUGUCUUCUUUUGGAUCCUCUGCUAAAUUUAUUGUUUCUGAGUCUACUGCUAAGCCAGAGAAUGAUGAUAGGGGAAAUUGUGAAGCAUUCAUAAAAAGAUAUAUUUUUCGGUCUGAAUUGUUUGAUAUCACUAAACCUCAUAUAAUUUCAGCUAUUCACAAGGAAUGCCAACAAAGUAAUGAAAAGGAAGAUCUAAUGAAUGGUAUUAAAAAAGAAAUCUCCAUUUCUACUUUUAGGAAGAAGCGUAAAAGGUGUGUCAGUUUCAAUCAAGGUGAAUUGGAUGCUAUGGAAUACCAUGAAAAGAUCAGAGGGCUGAUUUGGAAUGGAUCUUCACAGAUAGUCCAAGAAGGCUUAAAAAGUGGCUUUCUUCAUCCGCUUUCUGAAAAACAGAACAAGUGUAGUGAGCCCAUUACUUUACCACUUGAUACCUGCAAUUUGUCAGAAUUAUGUGAAAUGGCAAAGCAUUUGCCUUCUCUGAAUGAAGUGGAACUUCGGACAUUACAAUUGAUGGAAAAUGAUAUGUCUGUUACAGAACAGGAUUUAUUUUUACGGCUUGUUGAAAACAACUCUAGCUUUACAAAAAUCAUUACUUUAAUGGGACAGAAAUACCUUGUGCCACCAAAAAGCUGUUUUCUUUUGUCUGACAUUUCUUGUAUGUACCCACUUCUGAAUUGUGGGAAAACAUAUGAUGUGAUUGUGAUAGAUCCACCAUGGCAGAACAAAUCAGUUAAAAGAAGUAACAGGUAUAGUUAUUUAUCACCACUGCAAAUAAAGCAAAUACCUAUCCCUAAACUGGCUGCUCCAAACUGUCUUGUUAUUACUUGGGUGACUAACAGACAGAAGCACCUACGUUUUGUAAAGGAAGAACUUUAUCCUUCAUGGUCUGUGGAGACAGUGGCUGAAUGGCACUGGUUAAAAAUAACCAAUUCAGGAGAGUUUGUGUUUCCAUUAGAUUCUCCACACAAAAAGCCUUAUGAAUGUCUUAUACUUGGGAGAGUUCAAGAAAAAACUACUUUACCAUUAAGGAAUGUGCUCCCCAUUCCAGAUCACAAGUUAAUUGUCAGUGUGCCCUGUAUUCUUCAUUCACAUAAGCCACCUCUUACUGAGGUUUUAAAAGACUAUCUCAAGCCAGAUGGGGAAUGUUUGGAAUUGUUUGCUCGAAAUUUACAGCCAGGUUGGACUAGUUGGGGCAAUGAAGUUCUCAAAUUUCAACACAUGGAUUAUUUUAUUGCUCUGGAGUCUAGAAGCUGACUGUGAUUUUAAAGUUGUGAUUUUCUGCAGUUUCCCUUCAUCUCUCUCCCUCAUUGUAACUGAUUUUUCCUUUCAUUACCAACCAGUAGCUUAGAAGUAUAAACAGGACUUGGUUGUUCAGCAGAAUGGCCAGAAGUGUCUAACCUUCAUGUAAUUUUGAUAUGAAUUUUACUUCAGUUGCACUAGUAUUGUAUGUUA